CUUCCGGGGGACGCAUCAUCCGCGUGCGCCGGGCAGGAAGUGACGACACUCCUUGCGCGCGCCGGGCGCUGUUUCUCCUCAGGCUCCAGGCCGACGGCGGCGGUGGCGGCGGCGGAGGCGCAGGGCGGGGCGACCCCAAUGGGUGAUGAAAAGGACUCCUGGAAAGUGAAGACGUUAGAUGAGAUUCUGCAGGAGAAGAAGCGCCGGAAGGAGCAGGAGGAGAAAGCCGAGAUCAAACGCCUGAAGAACGCCGAUGACCGCGACUCCAAGCGGGAUUCCCUGGAGGAGGGGGAGCUGAGGGAGCACCGCAUGGAGAUCACCAUCCGCAACUCGCCGUACCGGCGCGAGGACUCCACGGAGGACAGAGGAGAGGAAGAUGACUCUUUGGCUAUCAAACCACCCCAGCAAAUGUCUAGAAAAGAAAAGGCUCAUCACAGAAAAGAUGAAAAGAGAAAAGAGAAACGUAGGCAUCGUAGUCAUUCAGCAGAAGGGGGUAAGCAUGCUAGGGUGAAAGAAAAAGAAAGAGAACACGAACGUCGGAAACGUCACAGAGAAGAACAGGACAAAGCACGUCGGGAAUGGGAAAGGCAGAAGAGGCGGGAGAUGGCGAGAGAGCAUUCCAGGAGAGAGAGGGACCGCCUUGAGCAGUUAGAGAGGAAAAGGGAGCGGGAGCGGAAGCUGCGGGAGCAGCAGAAGGAGCAGCGGGAACAGAAGGAGCGGGAGCGGAGGGCAGAGGAGCGGCGCAAGGAGCGCGAGGCCCGGAGGGAAGCUGUUUCUGCUCAUCACCGAACCAUGAGGGAGGACUAUGGUGAGAAAGGGAAAGCCAGUCACUGGGGCCGCAGCCCUCUGCGACCGCCUCGAGAGAGGUUUGAACUGGGAGACAGCCGGAAGCCAGUGAAAGAGGAGAAAAUGGAGGAGAGAGACCUACUGUCUGACCUGCAGGACAUCAGCGACAGCGAGCGAAAAACCAGCUCGGCUGAGUCAUCGUCAGCGGAGUCCGGUUCAGGGUCUGAGGAGGAAGAGGAGGAAGAAGAAGAGGAAGAAGAAGAGGAAGGGAGCAGCAGUGAAGAGUCUGAGGAGGAGGAGGAGGAAGAAGAAGAGGAGGAGGAAGAGGAGGAGGAGACUGGCAGCAACUCAGAAGAUGCAUCUGGGCAGUCAGCUGAAGAAGUGAGUGAGGAGGAAAUGAGUGAGGAUGAAGAGCGAGAGAACGAGAACCAUAUCUUAGUUGUUCCAGAGUCAAGAUUCGAUCGGGAUUCCGGGGAGAGUGAAGAAGGGGAUGAGGGAGUGGGAGAGGGCACCCCGCAGAGCAGUGCCCUGACCGAAGGGGACUUCGUGCCCGACUCCCCCGCCUUGUCGCCCAUCGAGCUCAAACAGGAACUGCCCAAGUACCUGCCCGCUUUGCAGGGCUGUCGGAGCGUGGAGGAGUUCCAGUGCCUGAACAGGAUCGAAGAGGGCACCUACGGGGUGGUGUACCGAGCCAAGGACAAGAAGACAGAUGAGAUUGUGGCUCUGAAGCGACUGAAGAUGGAGAAGGAGAAGGAGGGCUUUCCCAUCACCUCGCUGAGAGAGAUUAACACCAUCCUUAAGGCCCAGCACCCCAACAUUGUCACUGUCAGGGAAAUCGUGGUGGGGAGCAACAUGGACAAGAUUUAUAUCGUCAUGAACUACGUGGAGCACGACCUCAAGAGUCUGAUGGAAACCAUGAAGCAGCCUUUUCUGCCAGGGGAAGUGAAGACCCUGAUGAUCCAGCUGCUGCGUGGUGUCAAACACCUGCACGACAACUGGAUUCUGCACCGUGACCUCAAGACAUCCAACCUGCUCCUGAGCCACGCCGGGAUCCUCAAGGUGGGGGACUUUGGGCUGGCCCGCGAGUAUGGCUCCCCCCUGAAGGCCUACACGCCGGUGGUUGUGACCCUGUGGUACCGUGCCCCAGAGCUGCUGCUGGGUGCCAAGGAGUACUCCACUGCUGUGGACAUGUGGUCGGUGGGCUGCAUCUUCGGGGAACUGCUCACGCAGAAGCCACUGUUCCCUGGGAAGUCGGAGAUUGACCAGAUCAACAAAGUGUUUAAGGAUCUGGGGACGCCCAGUGAGAAGAUCUGGCCAGGCUACAAUGAACUUCCUGCAGUCAAGAAAAUGAGCUUCACAGAAUACCCCUACAACAACCUCCGCAAGCGCUUUGGGGCUCUGCUCUCAGACCAGGGCUUCGACCUCAUGAACAAGUUCCUGACCUACUUCCCUGGGCGGAGGGUCAGCGCGGAAGACGGACUCAAGCACGAGUAUUUCCGAGAGACCCCUCUCCCUAUUGACCCCUCCAUGUUCCCCACGUGGCCUGCCAAAAGUGAGCAGCAGCGGGUCAAGCGGGGCACCAGCCCUCGGCCCCCUGAGGGAGGCCUGGGCUACAGCCAGCUGGGCGAGGAUGACCUGAAGGAGACAGGAUUCCACCUGACCACCACCAACCAGGGAGCCUCGGCCGCCGGCCCUGGCUUCAGCCUCAAGUUCUGAGCUUCCUAGGUCAGAGCCCACAAGUCUCCACUCACACCAGCAGCAGGCCCUGGGGGCCAGAGCUGGGAAAGGGGGACCUGCUGCCCCCACGUGGCCACCUGGGGCAAGUGCAGCUGCUGGACUGGGUUUGGUUUUUACGUUCCUUUUUUAUUUCCUUUGGGCUUGUAAAUGUGUAGAAUUAAGCCACAUGGCCUCCAUGUGGAAGCAAAGGAUGUAUUUUUUCAGCUGAGAUGGGCUGGUCCCCCAAGAGACGGCAGCGCCCACCAGAAGCCCGGGGAGGGCCUGGUGGAGCUGAACCUUGGGCACUUCCUGCCGUGGGACCUUCGGGUCCUUCCCGCGCCCCGGAGCUGAGCCCACCGGGCCGCCUGAUUUUGUACAAGCUCGUCGUGUGUUCUGAGAUGUAGUAAAGUUUUUCGGAG